AUGCGCUUUGUGCACUUCACUGACGUCGAAAAUAUCCAAUUCGACGAUGCUGAUGCGGUAUUUAAGGAGGAUAUUAUUCAAUUUGCCAAUGGUAACGAAGCGUAUUUCGAUGAUGAUUAUGAUGAUGAAGAGGAUGAUACGAAUGAUGACUAUGCUGAUCAUGACACUGAUGAUGAUGGGGAAGACCAUGAUACUGUUCCUGGUCCGGGGCCGUUUCCGGGACCCGGCGGUCAGUUUCCGUUCCCGUUCCCAACCUUCCCACCAAUAACCACGACACCCCAUUGCAUCGCCAACUCCGCGUGGAAGACAUGCUCCUCUCUGUGUGAGCCGACUUGCGCCAACCAGCGGCCGGUUUGCAAUCGUGCCUGUGCGCCAGCGAAAUGCCAGUGCAAUCCAGGAUACUACCGUAGCCCAAGCGGCCUUUGCGUACAGUGGAACCAGUGCUACAUGACCACCACCACGACACGUGCUCCUCUGAACUGCGCCAAUGUCCUCUGCGCCCCCGGGACGUACUGUGUCCAAACCACCACCGGUCCCCGUUGUCAACCUGUCCCGCCAGCGGUGACGUGUGACACACUGAAAUGCGCGGUACUCUACAAGUGUGAAGAGAGGAGGGUGAGCGAACGGAAACUGAAAAAGGACAUAAGCCCUAAAUCUCGU